AUGAGAAGAAUAUUGUUUUUAUUAAAAAAUGUAAACAAAAUAGAGAAAAGAUAUUUCACAGAUAAAUCCAAUAUAUAUUAUCAUAAUGAAUCUCCAAAGAAGGAAAUUAUUGUAUUGCACCCUAUAUUAAAAAGAAGUAAAAAUAAUUCUAACAAAUUAUUUCAAGAGAUAAUUUAUGAUGCACAAGAGGCUUUAGGUUUAGCAAAAUCAGCAAACUUCAAAAUAGCCAAAGGAAUAUCUAUGCCUUUAGGAGGGUGGUAUUUAAAAAAUGAAAAAAAAGAAAAAGAGGAAGAUCAGAAAAAGGACAAAAUUGAUGAAACUCAAGUACCCAACAAGGAAUUAUCACAAAAUAAUGAACAACAUCAUGUUUUUGAAAAAAGCGAAAAAGAAAUUCUCAAAAAAUUGUCUUUUACUAAUGAUAAAUCAUCAAGUAAAUAUAUUAAUUAUGAUGAAAUUGAACAUAAAAUAGCCGAGUCUAUUUUAAUUAAAGUUAAUAAUAUAGACAAUAAAUUUUAUUUUAGUAAAGGUAAAUUAAAUGAAUUGUCAAAAUAUUAUUUAAAAAACCCAACCCCAUGUAUUUUUAUUAACACCUUAUUGUCACCUGAACAAUUUCGUAACUUGGAGUUUUUAUUUAACAGCUUGUUAAAAAGUUAUCAAGAUGAACUUAUAUUAAAUAACAAAAGAGAAUGUGACAACACUGAUAUGUAUGCAAGAAUGUCGGACGUUAAUUUUGAUAAUUGUGAUAAUGAAAACAUAAUAAUUGAUAAUAGUUCAUAUUGUUUAGAUGCGUAUAAUAAUUUUUUAGAUAAGGAGGAUGAGCAAUGUGAUGAUGUGAACAUCGAACAAAAUAUGAAUAUAUUAAAAGAAGAUAUAGCAGAUAGAUCAUACGAACAGAUAAGUGAUAGAUCAGACGAACAGAUAAAUGAUAUGCCGUAUGAACAAAUAAGCGAUACACAAGAAUGUUCAAAAAAUAUACCAAUGUACGUAGAACUAUUCGACAGGUAUAGUAUCAUUUUAUAUAUUUUAAAAAGCAGAGCAAAAAACAAUUUAAGCAAAUUACAACUCGAAUUAGCUAGAGCAAAUUUUGUUUUAAAUACUUAUUCAGAAGAUAGCAAGUCAAGAAUGAAAUACAUAAAGUAUAUAGAAAAUAAUGUAUUAGGAGGUUCAUCCAUUGAUUAUGAAGAGAAAUAUACCAAGUUGAAUUUUUUCACUAUAGGUAAACAGAAUAAAAAGUCCAACGCGAAUUUUUCAGGAUAUACCAGUAAUUAUAUAAAGAGUAAUGAAACUUAUAAAGAAUAUGAGAAAAGAAUUAUAAAUAAUUUAUAUAGUAAAUUAAAAAAGGAAUUAAUAAAAUGUAAAAACAAUAUGAUUUUACAAAAUAAUUCUAGAAAACAUAAAGCAUUAAUAGCUAUUGUAGGAUAUACUAAUGUUGGAAAAACAAAAUUAAUUAAUUAUUUAACAAAAUCAAAUUUAAAAGCUAGAAAUUUAUUAUUCCAAACAUUAGAUAAUGCUUAUAAGAAUUUAAAUAUAUCUACAUGUUAUUCUACUAUUUUUGUAGAUUCUAUAGGUUUUAUACAAAAUAUACCAUAUUCAUUAUAUGAAUCAUUUAAAAUAUCUUUAGAAGCUAUAAAAACAGCUGAUGUUAUUAUACAUGUUAUUGAUGUUAGUCAUCCAUAUAAAGAUAAUCAUAAAAAGUGUGUUCUUGAAACUUUAAAUAAAAUAGGUAUAUCUGAUGAAUUUAUAAAAAAUAAUGUAAUAGAAGUAUGGAAUAAAAUUGACAAAUUAACAGAUAACGAAUUAUAUACUUUAUGUAAGAAUAAACCAAAAAAUGCCUUACCCAUUUCAGCAAAAUAUGGAACCAACUGUAAUUAUCUUAUUCAAAUUAUUGAACAUUUAAUUAAUCAAAUUAAAGAUGUUCAUAUUUUAAACUUACAAUUUCCAACCAGUGAAGCAAAAGACAGAAUUGAUUUUCUUAUCAAAAAUUAUAAAGUAGUUCCUCAUUCUAUAUCUUAUUCAGACGAUGGAAACACAACCUUUAUAAAAUUGGUUGAGAAUAAAUCUAAUUUAAAGAAGUACUACGAAAAAUUUGAAAAUAAUGAAACAAGCAAGGGUGGUAAUUGA